CUCUCCCCCACACCACAUGGAAGGAUGCACGCUUCUCCCUCACAGCUGUGUCGGGAAAGGGCUUUGGCAGGCUGGGGAGGAAUUUAAAUGUUUUUAAUUCCUUGCGUCGGCAUUUUUUUGUGUGAAGAUUUGAAGCAGGUUGCGCAGAAGUGAAGCCUUCUGUGGAAUGUAUGAUUGAAAGUCGCACGGAUAAAACUUCUUGGUUUGAUUGCCAAGGGUCCGGAGACUGGAAUAGGAGAUUGUCCUUCUUUUGUUUUUUUCUUAAAGCGUUUUAAUAUUGUUGGGUUUGCAACCAAAACGCCAAGUUUGCACUUGAUAAAUAGCACUAAAGGGAAAACACGGAGAUCUGCUUCUCAGAAGCGAGUUCUGCAUUUUUGAUUCCAACAUUUGCGCUCGAAUGCAAAAAAAGUUUUGUAGUUUAUUUGUUUAGUUUUCGGUUUUUAGAUUCACUGAAACACUUUACAGGUUAUAAUUUCUUCUGUAAGUCUGUUAUCAAUUCAGUUAAAAGAACAAAGCUGCUCAUUUUGCUGCGGAACUUGCUAUUUAUAUAUUUUGUAAAGGGUGUGGGUGCUGCUACAGUAAUCCCUGCUUUGCCAUUUUUUUCUGCUUUGAAAAGUCACUAUUAAAACAAAGAGACGCCUCGUAGGGGUUAAUUUAGCACCAGGCGAGAGGAGCGCCAAAGCGCGCGCGCACAGUGGAGUGGUUGUGCCGAAUCUCAGAGGCGAUGCCCUUUUGUGGAGAGGUCUCUUGUCACUGAGGACACACGGGUUUCACAGUCGGGACACAAGGGCACAGAGAAGAACUGAAUAUUUAAAAGGCUUCAUUCUUUCCCCCCCACUGCUGCUGUGAGUUGACUGUAGGCGGCUGAGAGGAUCUUUGUUGCCUUGGACUGGAGAAAAGUGGAGAAGAGGAAUACGCGCAAGUUGGGGGAGAUCUUAAGAAAAGUGUCACUGCAUCCGAUGGUGUCACCAUCCCAUCUAAAGUCUGCUUUCUCACACUGUCCUGACGGGCUUUGGAUGAAACUCCCACUUUUACGCGUCUUUUUACGCACGAGUGCUGACAGCGCUAGACGAGAUGAUGUGAUCAUGAAAAAGCUUUUGUCCACGGUUCCUGUUAAGGGUCGCCCAGAACUCGCUUCUUUACUUUAAAGGAGUUACUUUGCUGCUGAAAGAAUGCCAUCUGAUAAAUACUCAAACAUGGAAGAAAAACUGUGGAUACUUGAGGAUUUGAAUAUGAUGUACAUCCGUCAGAUUGCGCUCAGCUUGCAGGACAGUGACAUUCAGAAAAAGAUUGACCAUGAAAUCCGGAUGCGCGAUGGAGCCUGCAAGCUGCUGGCUGCCUGCUCGCAAAGGGACCAGGCUCUGGAGGCAGCAAAGAGUCUACAAACAUGCAGCACUCGUAUCAUGGCCUACAUGUCGGAGCUGCAAAGGAUGAAGGAAGCUCAGGUGAUGCAGAACAUCUCACGGAGAUCAUCGGAUGUUGGGCCAAUGGACGACCGACUCCCCUGCAAAGGAAAAGUGGCAAUCUCAGAUCUUCGAAUCCCUCUCAUGUGGAAAGACACAGAGUACUUCAAAAACAAAGGAGAGCUUCAUCGCUGUGCAGUCUUCUGCCUGCUUCAUCUGGGUGGGGAGAUCUUUGACACCGACAUGGUGAUCGUGGACCGGACCCUCACCGAUAUUUGCUUUGACAACCCGAUUAUAUUCAGCGACGCUGGCCCGGGUUUUCAGCUGCAUGUUGAGCUCUACAGCUGCUGCUUUGAGGAGGACUACUCUACAGGAAGCACACCGAGGAAACUGGCUAGCAAGCUGAGCUCUUCACUCGGUCGAUCGGCAGGGAAGAAGCUCCGAGCGGCCAUGGAGACUGGACCGGGUAGUCCUGUCAGCAAUGGAGGGGCAUCGCCACUUCUGCUGCCAGUUCCCUCAGUACAGGGCCCAAAGUACCAUCUCUUAGCUCAUACCACCCUCUCGCUGUCUCACGUUCAGGACAGCUUCCGCACCCAUGACCUCACUAUUUCAGGGAAUGAGGAGUGCUCAUAUUGGCUGCCGCUUUAUGGCAGUAUGUGUUGCCGCCUUGCGGCUCAGCCCAACUGCAUGACCCAGCGGAUGAUGAGCGGAUGGUUAAAAGUCAGGCAGUGUGGAGGUGACCCUCAGAGCUGGUCCAAAGUCUUCGCUGUUCUCAAAGGAACAAGCCUGUUCUGCUACCAUCGCCAAGAGGAUGUGGAGACAAACAUUGAGCCCGUCUUCACUAUCGGAAUUAACAAGGAGACCAGAAUACGUGCAUCAGACAAAGACCCUCACAGUAAAGCUCAGAACAUCUGCAUCAGUAACCAGUACGGUGGCGAGGAAGUCACACACACUCUGACCACAGAAAGCCGAGAGGACACACACAGGUGGAUGGAGGCCUUCUGGCAGCAUUUCUAUGAUAUGAGUCAAUGGAGGCAAUGCUGUGAUGACGUCAUGAAAAUUGAACUUCCAUCGCCAAGGAAACCAGCACCUAUCACACCAAAACAGGGAUCUCUUUACCAUGAAAUGGUUAUUGAGUCAUCAGAUGACCUCAGCAGCACUGUGUCAGACAUCUUGGCACAGCGAAUGCAGGAGCUGGAGCUCCGUAACCAGCUGGGCACCUCUCCCACCUGGAUGUCUUUGUUUGAGGAGAACCUUCCAAAAAGUGGCGCCUUCACUCGUCAGUAUUCUCCCCGCCUGUCUGGCCUCAGCCCCAGCUCUCCUCGUGGAAGACCCCGGAGCCCUUUGAGCUACCAGCGUUGCCCCCAGCUGGGUCUGCUGUCCUCAGAUGCGAGCUUGACGUCCGACAGCGACAGCCACUGCAGCAGCCCCUGCUCUCACCGCUACGGCUGGCCCGAGCCUUCCUCAAACUUGUCUCUUUUGUCGUCGUCUCCUUCCCGUCUGAGGCCGCGCACUCUUUCGCUGGACGCUAAACUCAGUACUCUUCGAGGAAAGGGCUAUGGAAGUACCCUUCAGUGCCCCUGCCACCCUCCACCCUCGUCACUACUCGCUCCUCUCCCUAUGUCUUCUCGGCCCCCUCGGUCACCGCGCGGCGCGCAGACCACCCUCUCGUGUUCCAGCUCCACCUCAAGCAACAGCUCCAGCAACAGUGAAGGUAACCACAGCCCAGAGUCAUCUGAGGGUGUUGCUUUUUCAAGACCCUCCCCGGUCCGGCGCAGUUUGAGGAACCUCAGGGCCAGACUUGAUCCUCGAAACUGGCUCCAAAGUCAGGUGUGAAUUGUUCUGAUAUUUUAGGAUUAUUUAAAGGCAUUAAAGUGGGAUUUAACUGGCUUAACAUGUGAACUAAACUCAGGCAACUGCUUGGCAAUGAGCACAUCCCUGAAAAGUAUGGCGGUAGGAUGCCCUUCGAUCAGGGAUGGAAUAAUGGAAGACUACCUGUAGAAUGUCUGCUUUGCUCAAAACCCAGGUGGAAACCCCUGGUGGCGUUGCUGAGCUUCCACAGCUUUAAAGUUAAGCGGUACUCUGCCUGUUUUAGGAAGUGGUGGGCCUGCUACUUGGGGGAAAUUAAUGCUCAAAGCUCUGUUACCGUUUGAAUACGUAAUGACGUGUCUGCGAAUCUCUCUGAAACCUAAUUUUAAAACUGGAAAAGGUUUAAUUUAUGUCCCUAAUGUCCAUCCUCCUGAUGUCUUCAUGCCAUGAUGUGAAGCUGUAUUUUCACUGGAUGUUAAGUAUUGUGAUAUCCAGGUGGUUUGUUGUGAAACCAACAGCAAAAAAAGAGCAAGUUUUAAAAGGUUAGGGGCUGCUGCUACAUGUAGAGGUAAUUAGUCCAUGUUUGUUUCUUGUACUUUGACUCCUAAUUCAGUGCACUGACCCAAUCAUUCAAAAAUUAUCUUUGCAAGUGUUCCCAAAGUCUGUUUGCACCAUUUUGCUUCCAUGCAUGAUUUGGCCUGGUCUUAAAAUGUUUAACUACUUGAGGAAAUUUUAGCGAGUGGAAGCUUAAUGCAAUUGCUCAAAAUUACUGUACUAUUUAUGACUGUGAUCUCUUAGAGUAAAAAAAAAAGGCAAAACUGCUGAGGUCUUCACUUAUUUAUCUGCACACACAAAACAGGUUGUCAUCCACUAAUCCAUCAUGGUCAACAAAAAUUAUGGUAUAAGCCAAAGCAUAUACUUCUACACUGACUUACUGAAGUAUUUGGGGUUUUUAUUGGAUGUGAAUUCCUAAAUUACAAAUAUAAAGAUAUAUUUAUAUGUCUGUGAUACGAUAAACCACAUAAGAAGUAUAAAAUUAUCUUAGGAUGGUUUUUACAUUUCCACAUCGCAGGGCCUUUUGUUUCAAGACCUCUUGUUAGUUUAAGUCUGAGCCCAUUUAAAAAGAGUAAAACCUCCAUCUUGAUUUUUUUUUGCCGUCACUCUUCUGGGAAACUUUUAUUUUGAUUUUUCAAAUGUUUCAAAAACACAUUUUUCUGUAAAUUUUUACAAGUUAACGGUUUUCUUUUUUGAUUUUAUAAAAUGUAUAGAUGUAUGGUAAUCAUAACGAAUGAUGUGCAGACCUUUAACUGUUAGAAUGAAAAACUGAAUGUCGUAACCUUGCAAGGUUCCCUUGUUAGUAGGCCUUGUGAUCUGCAUGUGCGCUUUCCUCAAGGGAGAACAUGUGAGGAACUCUCAUGUUUAAGCAAUGUAAUACUAAUUAUAAUAAAUGUUUUAUCAAUCUGUCUCAUUA